GAGAGCCUCGCGAUACUUGUGGUGGCACGAUGGAGGAAGUUCAUUUGUCGUAAAAGGAAAAUGAUGGAAGAUGCUCUCAGCGCCGGGCUGGAGACCAGUAGAAUGGAAAUUAUGGUUCGAGCGGAGCGGGAAAAGGAGAUAUGGACACGGCUCGGAGAGAUCAGGGCGGAGAUAACGAAAAUGAAAAUUCAAAGUGUUGCUGGUGGUUGA